UGGCAUUAGUACUAGACACAUUUGCGUAAGAGGAGUGAAAAUAUAAGUAAAUAAAUAUUUAUUUGUACGUUUGAAGAUGCACACCGAUUUGUCGUCACAUUUGCAUACGCCAGCCUGCAAUAAACUAAUUGAAGAACUCAAAGCCUGCCACGAGAAUCACGGAUUUGCCAAAUUCGUUGGUAUUUGCAACACCAUCGACGACCAAGUGGUAAAGUGCCUAAAGUCCGAGCGUGUAGCUCGCUCCGCUGCUAAUCGUGCCCGGGCCCGGGAGCGUCAGUCCAAGUACAAGGAGAAAAUAUUGCAAGGUGAAGCCAACUAGAAUCAUGGCAAGCGUCGAUAUUC